AUGCUCGGUCUUCUUGCGCUGGCAGGUGUUGCCUUUGCAGUCAUUUUCCAUCUCGUCAUUCGACCUAUCAUCUUGUAUUUUUACGACCCCAAGGGACUUCGCAAAUACCCCAACUACUCGCCCCUGUCACCGUUGACGGACCUCAGGCACUGCUAUCUCAGCGCCCAGGGGUUCAGAUCUAAGGAACUGUACGAAUCACACAAGAACACCGGCUUUCCUAUCUUGAGGACAGGCCCCAACGCGCUGUCUUUUGGAGAUACUAGAGCUAUCAAAGACAUCUACGGACACAGCACCAAGUGCGUCAAAGAUAACAAUUAUGUUGUCUUAAGUGGGACGCAUCGCCACCUUUUUGAUGUAGUGGAUAAGCCCGAACAUGCCCGCAAACGCAAGCUACUUUCUGCAGCCUUUGCUAUCAAGAACCUUGAGAAAUGGGAGUACAAGGUCGCUUACACGGCUGAAAGACUCUUCAAAGCCUUUGACGGAAAAUGCACCGACCCUCUCAAAGGCACCAUCCCCUGUCCUGCGGACCUGACUAUUGACUUCAACCACUGGAUCAACCUCUGGACAAUCGAAGCGAUCAACUACAUCACUCUCUCGACUCAAAUGGACCUCUUAGAUACCGGAACAGAUGUUGUAACAGCCGAGAAGCGCGAUGGCACAACUUACAAAGCCCGAUAUCGUCACUCUAUGAACCAAGGAGCCAUCGCACAGGCGGCUUUUGUGUGGGACUACGAUCUCUGGCCAUGGGUAGAGUGGCUGUCAAAGACGAUCCCCAGCCGAUGGCAGAAGAUGUGGAAGGACUUUGAGCCAUGGGACGAUUGUUAUUACCAUGCCGCUGCCGAAAGGUUGCGCAGAUAUCAGAGCGGGGAGCAGCUCGACGACUUCUUUACUUGUAUGAUGGAAGACAAGACUGGAAGCCCAAACAACCUCGAUUGGGGUGAAAUCGUGGCGGAAGUCGGCGCCAUCAUCAACGCUGGAUCGGAUACCACAGCUAUCGCCUUGACGCACAUCCUCGAGAUUUUGAUCAAGCACCCGGACAAUAUGAAGAAGCUUCGCGAGGAGGUUGACAGCGUGUUGGACUCUGAUGAAGUCAUUGCUUCUUAUGACAAAGUCAAAGAUCUUCCAUUCCUACGGGCUUGCAUCGACGAAGCUCUUCGUAUCAUCCCGCCAACCUCUGCACCUCUUCCCCGCCGCACACCACCAGAGGGUGCUCGUAUUCUGGACGAGUGGAUUCCUGGCGACAUAAGUGUAUCGAUGACAAUAUACGGCGCUCAUAGGGACCCUAAGAUAUUCCCAGACCCCGAGGUGUUCAAGCCUGAGAGAUGGCUUGACCCCGAAGAGAGGAAGCGAAUGGAGCCCUAUUUCAUCCCAUUCUCAACUGGAGCCAGGGGUUGUAUAGGAAGGAAUAUUUCGUACCUAGAACAGAUCAUGGUUCUGGCCUCGCUUGUUCACAGAUAUGAGUUCGCUCUACCCUCACCUGACUUUGUGCUGCAGAGACAUGAGGCUUUCAACAUCAUCUGUGGAGCUUUACCGGUUAAGAUCUGGCGGAGAAAGUUGGAAUUGUGA